UCUUUUUCUUCUCCUUCCUCUUUUUCUGAGACCCUUCAGACAGCUCAGCUUAAGAGCAGCUGACUGGAUCAACAGAGGUUGAACACUGCGGAGACAUGGAGGCCGUUACUGGACUGUUGCUGAUGCUGCUCGGAGUCUCUCAUGGCGUGGAAACCUACUGUGAUGGCAGGCAGGAUGGAGCUCAGUGUUAUGGAGCUUUGGGAGGAACUGUGGUCCUGCGGCUGAUGGACAGCGCCUCAGAAGUAUUUAGAUAUGCAUGGUCAAACGAAACAAGACUGAUAAUGCAAGGGACAAAGAAUAUGAUUGUCUAUAAUCUGUUAGAAAACAGAUCCUCAUUUACUCCCAGUGACGGAACAUUUCGGAUCAACGAUCUAAUCGGGACUGAUGGUGGUCAAUAUACUCUAAGACUUCUUGAUGCAUUUGGCUCUAAGCCUCGAACUCUACAAUUGACCUUUCAAUCUCCUGUGUCCUCUGUCCUGCUGGUCUCUGAGUGUCUGUCCCAGGGAGAGAUGAGGGUGUCCUGCUCCUCUGAGGGAGGGGACAGUCCUCAGUACAGCUGGACUCUGGAUGGACACACACUGACAGACGCUCAGCUCCUCUCUGGAAAUAAAGACAGUAACACCAUCACUCUGAGACAAAAUGUCUCAGGACAACUGGUCUGCUCAGUCAGCAAUAACGUCAGUCAGAUUUCUACAUGUGGCUUCAGAUUCACUGACUGCAGCUUAUCCAAAGGGAUGCACGUAUCACAGAGAGUGCUUGUAACCAGCCAAACCCAGUGUACUGAUCCAACAACAGCCCCGACCUCGAUCACAGUAACAGAGGCGUCCACUGUGGAUCAGUCCCUGCUCAUCUGUGGUCUGCGAACAGUUGUGGUGGUUCUUAUUUUGAUCGGGAUCACCGUCUAUUUUGUUUGGAAGAAGAAGAAAUACAAGAAAGCUGAAGGCUCUGCCGUCCCUGAAGAGAUGAACUAUGAGAACUCUGUUAUGAUGGUUGAAAUUAGAAGUUCUGCAUCUGAACUUUAACUUUCUCAACCAACAUCUCAGUGUCGCCUCUCAGCUGCUGUGAUUGGACACGAGUCUUCAUGGACGUAAAAACAGAUUAGAGUCUAAAUUAUAAUCUCUUCUUAUUCCUCUCAGAUUCACUUCUCAGCAGCUCACAAACACCUUCCCAUAAUAAGUCUCUGAGUGUUUACUUCAUUUGUGUCACUGUGGAAGCUCUGAUUGAACAAAGGUUAUGUGUUGUGACUCAGGUUCUAUGAUCACAAGUGGAGCUGUCUGACUUUUAUGUUUCAUACAUGUGUGAUGUUUUUCUUCAAAGACAAACGUUGGUGUUUUGGAGAUAAAAUGUUUUAAUUUUCUAGCUGUAUAAUCUAAAAAUGUUGAUUUGGCAUCUAAAAGACCAAACUGUCAUUGUAUGAGCAUAUUCACACGUGAUUUAAAUGUUUGAGUCUGAAAAUAUUUAAUUAUGUGAAUAAUGAUUUUGCGUUUUUCUCAUCUGAUCAUAAUUACAAAUAUAUGUUAAUUAUGUCAUUGAGUAAUAAUUUAAAUAAUGUCAAAUUUAUUUUAAUCAAGCUUUAAUUUAGAUGCUUUUCUUUGUUCUGUCUUCAAAACUUGUCAGUCAGUGAUGUGACAUCAGUCAGUUCAUGAAAGCUUCCACAGAGAGGAAGAACAAACACAAUGUUGUCAUGGUCGUAACUGCUGCACCUGUGUAGAGCUGCACAUUGUAGACAGGAGCCAGACAUGUUGUUACUGGUGUGGAUUUCUUUUUACAAGAAGAACAUAACACAAGGGGAAAGAAAAGUCUUAUCACAGUUAUGGAAUAUCAAAUAAACCAUCAACGUCAGGAAAGUACUAAUCAAUAAAAGAUAAUCAAGGAGCUUUUACUGCUAAUGUGACUUUACUAAAACAAUCCACUCACUAGAUAUGGAGUGUAAAUGAUGUUUGUAUGUAGAAUGCUUAAUAUAAAGUAUCUAUAGAGCUGUUAAUGUCUUAAGAAGAAUUGCUGCAAGUGUAAAGUCAGAAUGAUUUUUAUAUCUUAGGGCAUCUAUCUUUAUUGAACAGUGGUCGGUGGAGGGUGACAGACUCUAAUGAGAGGACAGAGAGAGGAAGAUGAUGUGAGGAAUUAUACACCUGAGCUUCAAACCCAGAACAUUACAGAGAAAUAGCUCCAGACCGCUGUGGGCCAACAGCACAGUGUGGUUAUGUUGAUAUUAGAUUAGAUAAAGUUGAUGCAGUGAAACACUAAAAUAAUACAGUUUUUCAAAGUGCAGAGUUUUUGAUCCAGCACACAUGUCUAAGAUUUUUUUAAAAAACUGUGUAACCUUAAAGUGAAAAGUUCAAGCAAAAUGACAGAGACAUGUUACAUCAAGUAAAUUCAACCUGCAUUCAUCUUUCAGUGAGUUCAUUAUUGUGCAGAGCUCAAAGCACACAACAAGAUGUCUGCAACAGAGAACACUUUGAUAUGAGGAGAAAUCAACUUGACAUCUUGUUUCUGAGAGUUUUAGAUUUCAUAACUUUGUGCUGAAGACAUUAACUCAGCUUCCUCUUUCACUGCCAGACUGUACUAUUUUAACAACACUCUGCUUAUUCAGGAGUUUCACACACUCUUUACUGAAGUCGAUCACUAUGAGAAGAUGUUUCAGGCUGCUCAGUUCAACAUCUGCAUGUUUGCUGUUAAAUAAAGUAGAGAGGUUUGUGUGGAAGCUGCUGACUGGAUCAACAGAGGCUGAACACUGAGGAGACAUGGAGGCUGUGAUUGGACUGUUGCUGAUGCUGCUCGGAGUCUCUCAUGGUGUGGAAACCUCCUGUGAUGGCAGAAUAAAUGGAACUCAGUGUUAUGGAGCUUUGGGAGGAACUGUGGUCCUCCGGCUGAUGGACAGAGCCUCAGGAAUAUACAGAUACACAUGGGUCAAAAACAAAACAGUAAUGCUCAGAGGGAGAAAUGAUAAGUUAAUAACUAAUCUGUUAGAAACCAGAUCCUCAUUUACUCCCAGUGAUGGAACAUUUAGGAUCAGUAACCUGAGCAGGACUGAUGGUGGUGAAUAUACUCUGAUAAUCUAUGAUACAAGUGGACGAGUGUUAGAUCCUCAGAUUCUACAGCUGAACAUUCAAGCUCCUGUGUUCUCUGUCCUGCUGGUCUCUGAGUGUCUGUCCCAGGGAGAGAUGAGGGUGUCCUGCUCCUCUGAGGGAGGGGACAGUCCUCAGUACAGCUGGACUCUGGAUGGACACACACUGACAGACGCUCAGCUCCUCUCUGGAAAUAAAGACAGUAACACCAUCACUCUGAGACAAGACGUCUCAGGACAACUGGUCUGCUCAGUCAGCAAUAACGUCAAUAGCGUCUCGCAGAACAAAACGAUAUCUACCUGUGGUUUCAUAUUCGUUGACUGCAUCUCCAAUGGGACGCACAUAUCACAGUGGGUGUUUGAAGCCAAUAACACCCUGUGUGUUGAGUCAACAACAGCCUGUACCUCCACCACUGAGGAUAAGGAGUCUGGCACCACAGUGCUGACUGUACCAACUAAACCACCAACAGCCCCGACCACGAUCACAGAAACGGAGGCGUCCACCGAGGGUGUGGAAACCUCCUGUGAUGGCAGAAUAAAUGGAACUCAGUGUUAUGGAGCUUUGGGAGGAACUGUGGUCCUCCGGCUGAUGGACAGAGCCUCAGGAAUACACAGAUACCAAUGGAACAAAAACAAAACAGUAAUACUCAGAGGGAGAAAUGAUAAGUUAAUAACUAAUCUGUUAGAAACCAGAUCCUCAUUUACUCCCAGUGAUGGAACAUUUAGGAUCAAUAACCUGAGCAGGACUGAUGGUGGUGAAUAUACUCUGAAAAUCUUUGAGACAAGUGGACGAGUGUUAGAUUCUCAGAUUCUACAGCUGAACAUUCAAGCUCCUGUGUCCUCUGUCCUGCUGGUCCCUGAGUGUCUGUCCCAGGGAGAGAUGAGGGUGUCCUGCUCCUCUGAGGGAGGGGACAGUCCUCAGUACAGCUGGACUCUGGAUGGACACACACUGACAGACGCUCAGCUCCUCUCUGGAAAUAAAGACAGAAACACCAUCACUCUGAGACAAGACGUCUCAGGACAACUGGUCUGCUCAGUCAGCAAUAACGUCAGUCGAGUCUCCAAGGACGAGAUGAUGUCUACCUGUGAUCAGUUCCUGCUCAUACUUGGUUUGCGAGCAGCUGUGGUGAUUCUUAUAUUUAGUGGGAUCACCGUCUAUUUUGUUUGGAAGAAGAAGAAAUAUGAGAAAGCUGAAGGCUCUGCCGUCCCUGAAGAGAUGAACUAUGAGAACUCUGUUGUGAUGGUUGAAAUUAGAAGUUCUGCAUCUGAACUUUAACUUUCUCAACCAACAUCUCAGUGUCGCCUCUCAGCUGCUGUGAUUGGACACGAGUCUUCAUGGAUGUAAAAACAGAUUAGAGUCUAAAUUAUAAUCUCUUCUUAUUCCUCUCAGAUUCACUUCUCAGCAGCUCACAAACACCUUCCCAUAAUAAGUCUCUGAGUGUUUUCAUCAUUUGUGUCACUGUGGAAGCUCUGAUUGAUCAAAGGUUAUGUGUUGUAACUCAGGUUCUAUGAUCACAAGUGGAGCUGUCUGUUUCAUAUGCUUGACAUUUUUCUCAGAAGAGAAAAGUUGAUGUUUUGAAGAUUAAAUGUUUUAAUUUUCUAGCUGUAUAUUCUAAAAAUGUUGAUUUGGCAUCUAAAAGACCAAACUCACCUUUCAUGAGCAUAUUCACAUGUGAUUUAAAUGUUUGAGUCUGAAAAUAUUUAAUUAUGUGAAUAAUGAUUUUGUGUUUUUCUCAUCUGAUCGUAAUUACUAAUACAUGUUAAUUCUGUCAUUGAGUAAUAAUUUAAAUAAUGUCAAAUUUAUUUUGAUCAAGCUUUAAUUUAGUUGCUUUUCUUUGUUCUGUAUUUAAAACCUGUCAGUCAGUCAUGUGACAUCAGUCAGUUCAUGAAAGCUUCCUGUAUGUUGACAUUUUGAUCAUGAACUGUUCCUUUAAUGACAGCUGAUACCAGAUUCAUCACCAGUAUCAGACGUGAGGUUUCCCUCUACUGCUUCACAGAGGUUACUGUUGUUGCAUUCACUGACUGAACAAGUGCAGCAUCCACACUCAGCAGAUGGUGGUAUGCUCCUUUAGAAUUGUAUUGUGAGCAGCCAAUAAACACAGAGAGGAAGAACAAACACACUGUUGUCCGCUCAUAACUGCUGCACCUGUGUAGAGCUGUGCAAUGUAGACAGGAGCCAGACAUGUUGUUACUGGUGUGGAUUUCUUUUUACAAGUCACAGUUAUGGAAUAUCAAAGAAACCAUCAAUGUCAGGAAAAGUACUAAUCAAUAAAAGAUAAUCAAGGAGCUUUACUGCUCAUGUGGCUUUACUAAAACAAUCUGCUCACUAGAUAUUGAGUGUAAAUGAUGCUUGUUUGAAUAGAAUACCUAAUAUAAAGUAUCUAUAGAGCCCUUAAUGUCUUAAGAAUCCUUUAAUAAAUCGUUCUGCCUCUCUAGACUUUUAUUAUUUGUUGCUGCAAGUGUAAUGUCAGAAUGAUUUUUUAUAUUUUAGGGCAUCUAUCUUUAUUGAACAGUCUGUGGAGGGCAACAGACUCUAAUGAGAGGACAGAGAGAGGAAGAUGACUCGAGGAAUUAUACACCUGAGCUUCUGUAGUCGCAAAUAUAAACAGGGUCAUUAUCAUGCAAAUAAAUUGAUUUGAGAAUACACAUUGCAGUUCUGUGUUAACAGGGAAUUUGAGCCUGAUGUAAGACCAAGGUUUGAUGCUCCCUUCAUAAUAAGAAGGCUGGAGUGAGGGAGCGUCAGGUGCAGCCACAGCUUACCCAAGGUCACAGAUAAGGGCCUGGGUGAGACACUUUGUAGGCUUUAA